AUGCGUCUUCAUUCUCUUCGUCCUUGGGCUAUCGUCACGCUCCUCGUAGCGGUACUGUUCGCGCUUGUCUCGGCAGUUGUCCCCUACACCUAUCCGCUGCAGAUCGUUCCUUCACACGGAACGUACAUGGGUCGUACCCAGUUCCCAUCGACGCUACAGGCGAUUCUGUCCGAUGGAGGGAUCGGUAAAACGCGCUUUCAUGGGGCCAGGGUGACGCCUCUUGCCCAUCCCGUCCUUUCCGACACCGAACUCAUCCGAGCUCUGCGUGCAGAUGCGAUGACGCGUCGCCUCGUUGUGCUUGGUGGCCCCCGAUUCGGCGAGCAGGGCCACCACGGCUUCACCGCCGCCUUUCCCGUUCGCACCCGCUACGAUUCGCCCAACUACAAGAUCUUCGCCUUCGUCUCGGUCGUUCCCGGCCGAAUCGCUCCCCAGGUCCACGUAAGGGGCUUUGCAAGCGUCGAAAAUGUGGGCGAUGUAGAACGUCUCAUGGCCCAACACGGAGAGGAGUACGCGAUCGGCCACGGCACUGUUACAAGUGUACACGAGCUCAUGAGCACCCUUCCUUAUUUGCUGUAG